CUAACCUCUUUUGGGACUAAACUCAUGAAGAACAAGGGAGCCAAGCAGAAACUCAAGAGGAAGGGAGCCGCGAGCGCGUUCGGCUGUGACCUGACGGAAUACCUGGAGAGCUCUGGGCAGGACGUCCCCUAUGUUCUGAAGAGCUGUGCAGAGUUCAUUGAGACGCAUGGCAUUGUGGAUGGGAUUUACCGCCUCUCAGGAGUGACAUCCAACAUACAAAAGCUGAGACAAGAGUUUGUUUCUGACCAAUGCCCGGAUCUGACAAGAGAAGUUUAUCUCCAGGACAUUCACUGUGUGGGGUCACUCUGUAAGCUGUACUUCAGGGAACUGCCCAACCCUCUCCUCACUUAUGAGCUCUACAAGAAAUUCACGGAAGCAGUAUCACGCUUCCCUGAGGACGAGCAGUUGGCACGAAUUCAAAAUGUCAUCCAGGAGCUCCCACCAUCACAUUACAGAACGCUGGAAUACCUGAUCAAGCACCUGACUCACCUGGCCUCCUUCAGCAACAUGACCAACAUGCACACCAGAAACCUGGCACUAGUGUGGGCACCCAAUCUCCUCAGGUCAAAAGAGAUUGAAGCUGUUGGCUGCAAUGGGGAUGCAGCUUUCCUGGAGGUGCGAGUCCAGCAGCUGGUGAUCGAGUUCAUCUUGAAUCAUGUGGAUCAGAUCUUUAACAAAAACAGAAAAGCAAGCUCCGCGGAGAACAGUGAGAACACACCAAUUGUGAAAAGUCUGACCCUCCCCUCAGCCUCCCUACCAAUGAAACUGGUGAGCCUGGAAGAAGCGCAGGCCCGGAGUCUGUCAGCCUCUCACCCUGCUCGGAAGGAGAGGAGAGAGAACAGCUUGCCUGAAAUUGUCCCUGUAACAGCGUCCCUCUUCCACACUGUUGUUGACCUUCCUGACAGCAAGAGAAAAUUAUCUACCAAGUCCAAGAAAUGGAAGUCAAUAUUUAACUUGGGCCGUUCUGGCUCAGAAUCAAAAUCUAAACUGAGUCGAAAUGGGAGUGUCUUCGUAAGGGCACAGAAGCUCUCUGAAAAAGCAACUAUUCGGCCUGCUAAGAGCAUGGACUCACUGUGUUCCCUGCCAGUGGAAGGGGAGGAUGAGAAAAGCAGAUUCAAAAGGACAGUGACUACUGGAGGUUUUUUUGUCCCAGUGAUGAAAAUACGGACAGGAGGCACAGGCAGCUCGUACGACCUCAGCAAGGAGAAUGAGUGGGAGCAGGAAGGAUCUGCCAUGGGGGCCAAAGGAAGCUCUGAGCUGAGUGGGGAGAAAGGUGCUCCCUGGGCACCACAGACAAAGUCACCUCCUGAGCAGCUGAAGGUCUUCCGGGCAGCAGAGGAUGCUGAAAAUGAGCAGACUUCCCCCAAAAGUGGUCGCAUGUUCUACACCUCAGAAACAGCUGCCAAGUCAGGCUUUCCAAGCAGCCUCUUUCCUUUGGAAGCCUCCCCUCGUCACCAGAGGAAAGCCCUGAACAUCUCAGAGCCCUUUGCUGUCUCUGUCCCGCUCAGAGUAUCUGCAGUCAUCAGCACCAACAGCACCCCCUGCCGUGCACCUGCCAAGGACAAGCCUUCACUCUCCAGUCUAGAGGAACUGUCUUCUCUGAUGCCCGAGAGCCCAACUCUCACUGUCUUGGAAACAGGGAGCCACACAAGGACAGACCAGGUCCCAGAGAGGAAGGAGAAACAGCCUGGACCUGCCCUGGCAGCAGCAGCAUCCAAAGGUUCUCAUCCUGAGGAGUUGGCGGCAGCCAGGAAACCGGAGUCCUUAGAAGCUCCACAGCCCGCAGCAGAUAAUCAGGAGACAUUAUGUGGGCAAAGCAGCAGCACAAGCAGCAGCAGCCUCCAACAAUCCCCAGAACAAAGUCCCAGCUUGGAACCAAUGCCAACCUUAGAGAUUCAUAUGGGGCUGCUCCCUGCAGACAAGGCAGAGCAAGGGCAGCUCAGGAUGAAAGAAGGCUCCUCAGAAGUCAGCUGUGGCCAGCAGGAGAAGGCUAAGGCAGAGGAAGGGUUGCAUUUAAAAGAUCUGACUGAAGAGGACCCUGCUAGUGCCUUGCUAGAACCGCUGUGGCCAGAGAUACAGCAGGAACUGAAAAUCAUUGAACCUGAAGAGCUCUUGCCCUUGCCAUCAGCUAUCCCAAAGACAAGCCUAAUUUCUGAAUCCUCUUCUUCAGUACAGACAGAUAGCUCUUCGUCUGGCCAAGGACAGGGUCCAAAUCAGGCUGAGCAGAAAUCUGCAGGCAGAACAGCACAGACCACAUCUCAGGUGCCUGUAUUUGGUGCCACCAGCGCAGAACAUUCAGAUGGCCUCCUCAAAUGUCAAUCUGAAGUGACUACACAGCAGAGCUGUGCUCCAGCCCUACCUAAACUGAGUACUCUUCCAACUGCCACAACUACUCCGAAGAACCAUUGUCCAGUCAUGGAGGACAGUAUCAGUGAAUGUCUCACUCCUCCUCUGGACUGGAAGCUUCAUAGUCAACCAGAAUUUAAUGAGGUUCCCCCAAGAGAAGACUUUUCAUGUUCCAAGGGAGCAUGUUCAGAGAUAAGGAAAGAAAAAGACAGUGCUUGCCAGCUGCAGCAGGAAAAGGAUGAUAUUACCAGGGCCCAGACUCAGAAGGAGAAGCCUGAGAAAAUGACUGCUGAUGGAAGGAAUACAUUCUCCUCCAAGGUGCUGAGUGGAGCUGGAAUCCAGGAGCCAAAGGAGGGCAAUGCUGUAAGCAGAACUCAUGAUGCUGGUGAACAGGAUGAAGAGGAUACUUGGACAGAUAAUGUGCAGAGCUUAGAACUUGUAGAGCCAUGGGAGGAUCACCAGUGGGUUACAAGCCCUCUCCAUUCUCCCACCUUUAAGGACAUUCAAGAAAAGAUGAUACAGGAGUUACAGCCACAUAAUCAGAGAACAGAGACAGGCCUUUCUCUUAGACCACGAUUCAGUCGUAGCCUCUCUUUGGAUAGUAAAGACACAGUGAUGAGUUUGUGGACUAUCCCAUUCUCUUUCACAAAUGUCACUGAACAGCAUCAACCUUGCAGUGACAUUCUACCUGGGACUUGUGAGCUGCCCAAAACAGAAUCUGUCUCCCCGUCUAGUUUGGGCAAAGCUAAACAGGAUGCAGAUGAAACAAGCCCUCCAGAAGAGCCUUUGAAACCUGAGGGGCCAAGGUAUUCCCUCAGCAGAGAAGGAGAACCAGCCAAGAUAGAGGGACUCCCCAGAAUCCCUCUUUCAGAGCAAGAGGAAAAGAAAGUGGACACAAGCAAAGAAAACCCCUGUAGCUCAAAGCCUGAACUGUCUUUCCCAUACCAAAAUCCCGUGGACAGUUCUUUACAGAAAAAAAACACAAAGGAGGAGUCAUCCACAUCUCAGAACACUGCUUUGAGAGGAGGAUCUGUUACCAAAGGACUGUGCUCUGCCACUGAAUCACAGCUGAGUAACAAAGGUGAAGACAUACUGCGUAAAGGGAGGACUAGGCCAUCAUCCCUCAACUUGGAUUCACUUCUUCCAGCCCCAGAUUUCUUCACCUUUGAGAGCCUUGCCAAGCCCUCUGCCUCUGGGAACCUUUUGUGUGGCCAAAAGGAAGUAAAAUGCAGUGAUUCUGUCCCAUCCCUUCCAACUGCCUGCCCUGCUGUGAGUAAAGGUGUUCCCUGGGUGUCUCACUUCAAUGCCCAUGUGGAUCUAGACUUGGAUUACCUGGCAGUGGCCCACGCCACCACUGGCCGUCGGAACUCUGCCCCUGUCAGUGUGUCAGCGGUCAGGACCUCCUUCAUGAUUAAGAUGUGCCAGGCUAGAGCUGUGCCUGUGAUACCACCCAAGAUUCAGUACACCCAGAUCCCCCAGCCACUGCAGGCUCAGAAUGCUGCUUCAUCAGCAGAGAAUAAGGAAGCAGACACCAAGCAGGCUGGCAGGCAGGCUCACCGAGCAGCAUGGGGCCAUCUGGAGGCCCCAAAGAGCCCAUUGACAGAGAAGAAAGCCAAAGCAGAGAAAGAAAACAGUGACCCGACUCAAAAGGACUCAGCCAAUCCUUGGCAUGGCAGCUUCAGCUCUCCACUGGAACCAUCUCAGUCUAAUCACAACCCUGGCCUGGAUGUCCCUGUUCUGCGCCGAAAGCGCACCUCUGAGGGUGAGUCUGCUGGAGACACCCCACAGUCCUCAAAGAUGGAGAGGCCUUCAGGGUUCUCCAAGCCUUCCUACAGAUCUAGGCCUGGGAGGCCUCAAAGUCUGAUUCUCUUCAGUCCCCCCUUCCCCAUUAUGGACCACCCAUCCUCUUCAGCAGACUCCAGGGUGUUGUUAUCACCCAUAAGGAGCCCCACUCAGACCACCUCUUCGAGCCCCAUUUGCGGCGACCUGUCUGAGACAUCACGGACAACACCUGAGGGAGUGACUCUGCGGAACAAAAUGACCAUCCCCAAGAAUGGCCAAAGACUGGAGACCUCUACCAGCUGCUUUUACCAGCCCCAGAGGCGCUCGGUGAUUCUGGAUGGACGAAGUGGAAGGCAGAUCGAAUAGCAAUAUCUUCCCUUACUCCUUGUCCCUGGUGGAUGGGAUGGUCUACACCAAGACCAACUUUGUUGCCAUUCUUGCUGUUAUAACUAUUCUGUGCAAGAAGGAUCCAAAGCCUUUACUGUCUCCUGCAGAACAUUUUGUUAUAGAGGGCCUUUGUGUUCCUUUUCCUUCCCUUUCUCACUGUUUCUUAGACCCUCACAUUCUGCUUUUUUGUCAGCCAGUUCCGAUGGAAUUUGUCUUUCCUCAUUCAUGUUGUCUAACAAUCCCUGUGAAAGUCUCAUCUUGUCUAUGAAAAAAAAAGAAAAAGGAACAAUAAAUCUUGGAAUAAUUAGAAAAUAGGACUGGGAGGAACAGUGUUCCAAAGCACUGUAGCACAGGGUGCAGGGGCACACAUCUGCCAAGGAGGUGAGUCCAGAUGUUAGGGACAUCCUUCCUUCUUUCCCCAACCAUCAUUAAAGUACCAUGCCUGUCCAUCUUGCGAGUCUGGUUUGGAUAGCAUAAGUAAACAGUGUAGGAGAUCGGUGGUAGCUGAAGCAGAAAGUGAAGCAGGUGUGACCAAGUCACACACAGUGCAAGUUACCCAAGGCUAUUCUAGUGGCAAACAUACGAUCUGAAGGUGCUGACUCCAGCUCUUUUGUUGCAUCAAAGAUGUGCUCUUUCCAGCAUGUGCGAGGGCUGGAAUAAAAGUAGCCUGACAGGAAAAGCCUAAUUGUUUUUUUUUAAUCUUCCAAAUCUUGCUCAUAAAUUUUAUUGUGCUCAGCCACACCUUCUUUUGGCAGGCAAGAUUUGAGUGUGAGGGAGGUUUGCAGCUGGCUGCCUAGUAAUAGAGGAUACUCAGUCUGGUUUCAGCGAAAGUGAAGAUAUGGUCAUAACAAAGGCCAGUAUCAAAUAUUUUCAUCAUUGCUUAAAACCAGUUGACACCUCUGCAACUAUCUCCAGCUGUGUUCCACACUGCCAUGAGCAAAGUAAGAGAAUCUUCUGAUCUGCAUGUCCUUGAGCUACUGCCUUCUUGCACUCUGGCUGCCAUGUCUGUGACCCUUGGUCUUUCAUUGCCACUCUGUGGCAUGUCCCCAGGUAUUUCUUCCUCCUUUAAAUGUCUUCUCCUUGUGAUUUUACAGUUUCUUUUGAGAGCAUGGCUGGCUUUUACCUCCCUACCCCUCAUUGCUUUCAAAUUGAUCAGAAGUAUGGUAAAGGGGAUGAUUUGUGGGGCCACAGAACAGAUCCUGAAUAAUAUCCUGAGAGGGAGAUUUGAAGUGAAUUAAACUGUCUCCUGAACGGCUGUUAUCAUUAUAGGAAAAUACACGUUCAUACAAGCAACAGUUGCCAUGGGAAUAGAAUUAAAGCUUCCACUAUAAAGCCUCUAACUCUUAAGUUAGCUGCAGGCUCAUCUUUUGCCCAGUACGUGACUGUGGGUGAUUGCGAAGUCAGAUACAGCCCAUGCUAUCUCUGCAAUUUAAAUGUCACUAGUGACUAUGAAGGAGACGGGAACACAGGUGUUUCUGCCAGCAUUAAGAUUGUCCCUGUAACGAUGCCUACAGGGGGCAUCAUUCAUGGAGAUCUUUCAGUUUGUAGGCCUUCUGAUGGAUAUUAUAGGCUAUAGCUUAAACAGUAACUGAGCAGCUGGUAGAAAGUGCUGCAGCCACCACAGUGGAUGUCAGUCAAAAGUUCCCAAAGGCUGCAUAUUUAGAUCUUUGUGUGCUAAAGGCUGCUGCAGUGCUGGCAUUUUCAAAUUCUUGGUAAACUAAGCUCAUGAGCUCUUGGUCUGUAUUAAAAUUGUCACUUAAUUAGAGUCAUUGAGGCUGGAGAGCCCAGAUUCUUGAUGGUGCUCUCUCUUCACUCUCUUUGAUUUCUCAAGGAUAGAGAUGCCAGAGUACUUCUGAGAAGUUCUGUGCUCACAUAUGCAAGGAAUAUAUCUUUAGCAGCAUAUUCUCUUGCCUUAUCCAAAGUGAGUGAAAAAACAGUGGGCUUUGUUCCUGUCACUGGUUGCAUAUUUGAUCCUCCCCAUUGUAUUCUGCACUUGUGUAUAAUGCAAUAUAAGAGGGAACAGAGUGGAGAACUAAGUUUCCAUGUUUUAUUCAGGGAGAAUAUUAAUUCUGAAAAUAACCUAGAGUUCUUGUAUGGGUUCAUGUUCUCCCACAGGUGCUAACAAGUGCUUUACUGGGGCAAGCAGAGAAGGGUGGGUCCAGAAUAUGCAGCUUUAUGACAGUUGUAUUAUCCUGCUCCCAGAGCAGCCUCCCAUUGUAACAAAGUGAUUGCUAGUCCAUGUUUUAUGUCCAUUGCUAUGUUCCUCAUAGUUAGUAAAGCUCUGUGCUGCCUCUCAUGGCACUUUUUUUAUUGCCUCAUGGGAAAGUUUUUAACAAGCACAGCACAGCUGAUGGCAAAUUACUUGGGAAGAUGUGGUACAGGUACUAUGGUAAGGCUUUACAGAAUGUAAUGGUAGAGGAAAGGAUGCCUAAAUUUUUUGGUGUCAAUGAAAUGGUUUGCUUUGGGCAGGGAUUUAUGUUCUCCCUUCAUACUCCCCUACUGGAAGUUCUGACUGUGAAGCCAUCUGUAACAGAGCCAGUCAGGCUCAGAAAGUAACGCAUAAAAAAAAAAAAAAAAAAAAAAAAAAAAAAGUGUGAAACCUUAGCACCUUAAAAACAUCCCUUUUUUCCCCUCCUUUUUCUCAUAUAAGCUGAUCUAUGAGCAAGAAAUGAGGUCCUGGCAAUUUGUAUAUACAUAUUCUGUCUUAAUUCUUAACGGUGUUUCAUUAAGUAAUAACACUGUUGCUGUAAAUGGUGAAAUUUGCAAGAAGAAAAUCAUUAGAAAAUUUUACUUAAUACUAAAGAUUGGCCUAAAAUAAAUCUGGAUCCAGACUGUAGUUUUUGAAGAUUCUUCAGAAUUUGAGCUUGUAUUCAGGUCCUGGAUUUUAAUUAACCAGAGCUUCUGAAAAGUGAUCUGAAUUUUGUAGCUUGAUACCAUCUCUAUUUAGAGUUCCAGCUCCACCCUUCAGCUGAUGUACCAAAAUUCCAAGAGCCUAGCCAAGUGGACUUAACAGAUGCACAUCACUAUAGCUUAUGGUCAUGACUGAACUUGUAUUAAGAGAGCUGAGGUAAAGCCCUAAGUCCUGCAGAACUGGCAGUAUUUGCUAAUUUUGUUGCGUAAAUGUCACCAUGCCCAACUCCAGACCCAAACUUUGGUAGAGUUUGUAAUGCUCAGUUGAUUGUGGGUUCCUGUUGACAUUGAUAGCUGCUGUUGGCUUCAAGGACCACGGCCUAAUACAGCUGGGCAAAGCCAGAAAACAGAAGCCAUCUCCCAUUCAGUGGUGGUGAUUUGUGGUUGCAGCUUCCUGAGACCUCACUUUGUUAAGCCAUUUUUCUGACUGAGGUCAGCUUCAAGGUCAGACCUGAUGUCACGUUCACUUUAGAGCCCUUACGUUGAUGUCUACCACCCUGCACUAGCAGACUGAACCAGAGACUGGAAGCUUUUGUGAAGCUAAGGGUUUUGGAGUUGUACACAGUGGGUACCAAACUCCUGCCCUCCAGCAAAACCCCUCAAAAUUGGAGGUUCUGAGAAAGGUUUUAUUUUUUCUGUUGCUUGUUCUUGGGUUUGUUUGUUUUUUCUGGGAAGUAUUGAGGAGGAUAGAACAGAUUUAGGAGAGGGAGUCUGGCCCAGAAUUUGAAGUUUUGUAUAAGGGAGAGCUGAGCUGGUUAUUCUUGCCAUUAUGGAAAGGAUCUUCCUAAUUAGAAUGGCACAUCAUUUGCAGACCUCUGCAGAAUCUGCAAGGGUCACUCCAUAGAUCCUGGAGUACAUUCAGCUCUCCUGAGACUAUGAAGAGUGUAAAGGCCUUCUUUGUGAGUUUGCAGAUCACCUCAGUCAUGAUUUAGUAGCUAACAGUUCUAGCAAUGUGAGAAAAGAAAAGUGGCUGAUUUUGCUUCUACCCAUGUUAAAGGGGGUUUUGUGCAGCUUCUGCUAAGUGCAGGAGCGUUGCUCAGUGUGAAAUGGUUGGCCUGGCAAAGACAGGAAACACCAGCUGGAAAGGAAUGACAUGAGUAGAUGUUAGCUCUUGUGGGAGCUGCCUUGUUGGAGAGAGGGUGAGCAGAAAUGAGGGUUGUAUUUUACCUUAUAAACCACAUUCCUCUGGGCCACCCAUCCCAUCCUAUCCUUUAAUAAAGAGUGAAGCACUUCUCUUUUCACCUUUAGGGCUUCAGAGGAUCUUAAGUUUGCAUUAGAGAUUCCCUCAUCCAGAGCCCAAAAGGUGCAAUCAAUCUAUUUUCUUUCUUUAUGAAUUCUGAAAUGCCUGUAGUGGUGAAUAAUGUGCUAAAUUUAUAUAUUUUUUAUGUAUAUAUAUAUGUAUAUGUAUACAUAUAUAUAUAAAAGAACAUUAUAUAUAAAUAUAUUAAAAAGGAAAUGUAAUUAAAAUUAAGGAGUUGUCUAAAUAGAAUCCUACACAUUUGUGAAACUUGGACAGAUGUAUAGAACUGUUUCUGUUGCAAAUUUCCUAGCACCGAAGGUGAGACAUGAAACGGCUUUUUGCCCACAGAGGAGAAGCUAAUUAGUUCUGGCUAAUCUGUAGUGGGCAGAGACCCUGAAGCUGCCUUCCUAAGCAGGACUGUGUCCUGGGAGAGGAGAGGUGGGAUCAGGGGAGACCAGAGUGCAAGGCUUAGCUUAGCUUAGCUUCCCACCACCAGCUUCUCUCCCAGUCCUUGAAAAAGCAAACAAUCUACUGGAGCACAUAUUCUCUUCUGGGCAUGCCCAGAUUUUGCAGUUGUCCCUUUUGAUUCAAUCUCUAGGGGGAAAAAAAAACAAAAAAACCCCCAAAAACACUAGGGGCUGGGGAAAACAUGCAGCUGAUCCCAGUUCUGUUUAGCUUUUCCCUGCUACCAAUCAAUGUAAUGGUUUGCUGAUCCUGCUCUAAGCAUGGAACGGAAAGCUUGCCAUUGCGUUCAGUUCGAGCUGGAGUAGGACUUUCACAGGACUGGAAAAGAAGGAAAGCAGGAGGCAAGUGCUUCUGGAGGGCUCCAUGCAACAGCCGAAGCCUUGGAUUUUAUUCUUAGAGGCACAAGUCUCCUUCAAAAUACUUGUUUCUUGCCACAUCAAGGGAAGAGUUGGAAAUCAGACGCUGUCAAAAGGAUUGUCCCUUGCAUACCCAUCCUUGAUAUUGAUUAUUUCUCCUGCUAUCCCUGAUGGAUUGUAUUUUUGUUAAGCUUUGUUUUUCUGUAUGGACUUGACUGCCUUUGUGCCUUAUUGCUUAAAAAAAAGAAAAACAACACCCAUAAAAAAAGAUGUUUUGCCAGGUCUCAACCAUGAGAUUAAACUGGAGUUUUUAUAGAAACAGACCUGUGCCCUAGUGAUAUUUUGAAACAUCUACUUUCUUCUAGAUCUGGUUUAUGAACACACUGAACAAAUGCAUCUAUCUUCCUCUGACAUGAAGUUUUAGCCCUUAUAUUCUCAUGUGAGUGGCCAGGAAACUGAGCUGGUCUUAUACAGGUUUUAGUUGUGGGGGUUCAGCACAUGUUUUUUUUUUAUUGAGGCUAAUGCAAGCUGCUGCUGCUCAGCAACUCUGAAAAUGAAGGGAGGGCAUGAAGGCUUUUGUAGAAUUUCCAUUAUUGAAGUGCUUUGAAGUUUCCAAGGCUGAAAUUCAUCUUUCUUCUUACCAUUUCUAGUUCUGCCAGGCUGAAUUUUCAGUAAUGCAGAACCACAUUAUCCUUCUUAGCACAGCUCCUGCAGAAUUCUGCCUUGUCUGAAAUAAUGUAGAGCAACAGAGAGUAGAGGAUAGAAAUGUUUUGGGAUCCCAACACUUGUAGAGGGAAAGUCAAACUGGAGCAAGAGAAGUUUCUACAAAUCCUUCGGUGCAUUGUGUAUGCACUUCUGUUGAUUUGCAAAGGCUAAGGAAGAACUUAACAAAACUGUGAAUUAAAUUUCCUAGUUCUCUGUGUUA